UAUUACUAGUGUAAUGUUUUAUGUUUUAUUGAAAGCUAAGUCUGCCACCUCUCCUGGCUAAAUUCUACCAGCUUGUAUGACUCAAAUGUGUUUCUUGUAGCUUUCUUUUAUUCCUGAGAUAGUUCAAAACAUUAUAUACUACUGUAACAAGUAUACUACUGUAACAAGUAACAAGUAGCUAAUAAAGCUAACAAGCCCAGAUCCAGGACUCAUUAAAGCUCAUGGGAAAUGUAGUUUCAUCAAAGUUAAAGUGGGGACUUGUUCUAAAUGUAAUAUCCAGCACAGGAGUAGAUGCCUGCUUAAGACAAAAUAUGGACAGAGACCCCGAAAGGCAUGUUUCACCUUUCUCAAUUUAACUGAUAAACGACUCCCUUUCUGCGAAACCCCGGGGGCUUUUAUUGCCAGUGAGCUUUGCAAAGUCGUGUGCGAGUGGCACCAAAGAAGAAGAACUCAAACUCGAUGAGGACGAAAUGCCGCGCGCAUGCGCAAUGAGUGAGAAUAGGAAUAUGCUUCGCGCGUUUUGCACUCGACCUGUCAAAAAUAUUCUUCUCUUUAUCCAUCCAUGGUCAAAAAUAGGAAUGGCAUGUGUCCGGGCGAUAUUUGACAUCACGUCUUACUGAAGACACCAGAGAUCAAACGGCCGUAAAGUUGUUCAUCAGAAAGAAAAAUGGCACCGGGACAAGACGCUCGGUUGGAGAAAGUCAUUGAUGAGGUGUUAAAGAUUGGGGAUGUCCAUAAACUGGAAGUAUUCUUGCAAAGUGGCAAAUAUGAAGGAAGCCCCGUGAAAUGUUCCCCACAGUUUCUCAACAAAUUGGAUAAGCUUGUCAGCAGGAGUUUGGAUAAAAAAACAGAUACCAGGUCAGCCAGUUUGGGUUUCACUAUCCUCCACAAGUGUGGGAAACACCUGAAACUGCCUGGUGGUUGUCAAGGGCUGUCAGGAAUAAUAAGUCAAGGCCUUCUCAAAAAGAUGGUGCAAUGGUUUGAGAAAUGCAGGCAGCUAUGGAUCCAGUGUGGCCCACACUGGGAUGAGACCAUGUUCAACCUGUCUGAAGACUUCUUUGAUGCUUUAAUGGUGGUUCAUGACGCAUGCAAAGAGGGAACAAACACCGUCACAGAGUCCUUUCUGUAUCCUGUUGGUCAGUUGGCAGUAGACCCUAGAGUCCACAUCCUGAUCCAAAAAGAGGCAGUCCGUAAAUUUAACCUGAUUCUGGACAAAAUCCCAGUGGAGCUUAAGAAAGAGAGGAAGCUCCUAACAUCACAGGAAGCUUCAGAUAUCAUGAUCAAGCUUGCUGGGCAGAUAUUGAAGGGUGGUGAUUAUGACUUGCAGACUGCCCUGAUGGAGGCAUUGUGCAGAAUGGCCACUCCUAACCAGAGGAAGGAGCUGGCUGAUCGCUGGUUCAGCAUGGAGCAUGUGGCCAGUGCCUUUGUUAGGAUCCGUGAUUCUGAGUUUGAGACGGAUUGUCGCAAGUUUCUGAACUUGGUGAAUGGGAUGCAGGGAGACAAGAGAAGAGUGUUUUCUUAUCCUUGCUUGGAGGCCUAUCUGGACAAGCAUGAGCUACUGAUGCCCGCUGAUGAGAAGCUGGAACAAUUUUGGAUCGACUUUAACCUUGACAGCCACAGCAUCUCCUUUUACUUCUCUUUGCCUGAUGAAGAUGCACAGGAGGGCCAGUGGGAAACAAUAUGUAUCAAUGAAAAUGAAGUCCAAAGCUACACUGUUACAGAUGAGGGCAAGAGGAAAGUCUUGCGGUUAACGUUGUCAGAGGUGGUGAUUGUGGGUGAGGCGGAAGGUUCGAGUCUCACCAUCCACUUCAGCCCCUCCCUUGACAUCCUGCAGGCUGCUCAUACUGUCUAUGGUCACAGCAAAGACAAAGGCUUUGUUGGGAAGACAAGCACAUCUGUUGUGAAGACUACAGUUCAAAUUAUAAUGGAAAAUAACAGCUCCCAGGUCGUUCCAGAGAGUCAGAUGUCCAUAAGUCAAAGUGAAGAAAAUACUGCCCCCUACCCUUUACCUGCUGCAGCUGCACCUGUGCAGAUGGUGACCCCGUUCAAGACGAGAAUUUCAGAGUCUACCACUUUCAUCAGCGGCAGUGGAGGAGGAAGAGUGCACAGUGCCGGUUCCCUCUCUGCUGUAAUGUCAACAAACACUUCAGCCAAGAGUAAAGGAAAGCCACCUCUGGAGAUGGUUCGUUCGUGUGAUAGGCAAGAGGAAUUUUGCCUGGGAGAGCUGAGAACAACUGCUAAGAGCUGUAGUAAUGGCACAACACCUAAAAGCACAGUAGCAGGUGGCAUGACCAAGCAGAGUUCUACAUCUCUACAGAGCAAGGCUUCCAAACUGCCUGAUAAGAGUAAGAUUGACAAACAAAAAAAGGGCACAGCAGUGGCAAAAACAGGUUUUGUUCCAACUGGACAGGGAGGAGAACAGUCUCUGGAGCCUACUUUUGUGCCUGAUACCCAACCCAGAACUGGAGGAAACAUAACUUUGAACUGGAGCAAACUGUCAGUUUCUGAAAUGCUUAUGAUGCCUACACAGAAAAUCAAUUCUCUGUCAAGACCUGAGUUCUGUUCAAGUUUGGCCCAACAACAGGAGCAACCAUCCUCAGCCCAGAGAUCGUCAAGUUCAGUCAGCCAAAAGCAACUUCAUAUAGAACUCACCCAGCGCCUGCAGCAGGUCCUCAAUGAGAGGAACCAAGAUCCUGCACCUCUGCAGCCAUCUGAACCCCAGAUAAAAAUGUCUGUCAGCAAAGACUCUAAAGGCAAAAGCUCUGUGGAUCGUAGUGCUUCAACACUGUGUACUCCCAAAGUACAGCAGACCCAGAGAAAUGGCCAGGCCAAAGGCAAAAGAAAAAGCCAAAUGUCAGCAGGGGCAGAUGCUGCUCCAAUAAAAGCUCCAGCCAAGGCCUCCACGACCAAAGCCCUGCAGAAGAAAACACAACUUAAUGUUAUAGGUGACAAUAACAGGGCCCUUUCAAGCAAACAGAAGAGAGAUACAGAGGUUGCAGGCAGCAUGGUGAAGCUCAUCUCUAGCCGUUAUGAGAUGAACACCCAGCCUACAGUGAAACAUACCGCAAAAAUGAUCCCUAAGAGCUGCAUCCCUCCUCUUGUCAACAGGCCUGUCUUUAAUAUGAGCUGGUUCUCAACUUAUCAAAGAGAUGUAUCUGGAGCCAUAGUUAAAUCCCACAGCAAAACCGCAACAAACUCUACUAGGCAGAGAAAAGAUGUUUAUGCAUUUAACACUGAUGAGCCAUAUGCUGGGGGAAAGAACAAAACACUUAAUAACACUUCAACAAUAUCAAGCAGUGGCACCCAUGACUCCUCAGGAUUCUUCAGCACAAACAAGAAAGGACCACCUGUGACAAAAGACAAGCGGCAUGUGAGGAAGCAUCUGUUCAGUGACACAGAUGCAGACUGUGGCAUGACAGAUGUCAGCUGGCUGAGGGAAUCAAGCAGGAAACCCAAACCCAGAGUUACCACAUACUCCAGACAGGCGCCUGUCAAGCCUAAAGCUCUGUCACCUCAUACUUCAUAUGAAUCUCCAGAUUUACCCCCAAACACUCAAAAACCAGUAAAACACAAUGACAAGCUCAGUAAGAAGAAGCCUGAAUUGAAGGGGAGAGCGGAGCAGCCAAACAAGACUGUGAAUCCAGCAGCAGCACCCAGCAGACCACAUGCAGCAGGCAGGAGGCUCCGGAGAACUGCAGCCACCUGUACCAAGAGUUACAGGGAGCCAGACACUGAUGACAGCCAGUCAGAGUCAGAGAAGUCUCCUGUUCCCAAGAACUCCUCCACCAAUCAUCUGGAGAAUGCUGACAAAGCCCACAAGGCUGCUCAAGUGACAAAGAAAAAGGCUGCCAGCAAACAUGUAACUAAAAUCUCGACAAAGCUAGAGAGCGACCGUCAAAGCAGCCAGUCAGAGUCGGAUUCAGGGCCCGAACAGCCAGCUACUUCCAAGGUUGUCUGCCAACAGAAUUAUUUUGGAGGCCAGAAGGGGAGAAGUGAGAAGACCCGUGUAGACGUUCCAGUGGUAGAGAAAAGAAAGAAAACCUCCACUGAGAAAUCCACAGAUACAUACAGGAGUCUGGACUGCAACAACCAGUCAGAUCUGAAAAAGCCAUCUGGUCUGAAGCAACAGAGGCCUGAGAACAUUAUUCCAAAACCUUCAAAGUUAAAUAAGAAAGAUGUGAUCCCUGCCAAAGAACAGACAAAUGGAUUGAAGGAUUCCUGGGCUGCCCGCGAGACCUCUUUCUGUCGGUCCCCUCCUUUCAUCGAGAGGAUGAGAUCUGCUGAGAGGUCAGCCCCAACCUUGGGUUUGACCUGCUCCCCUCUCCUCAGCCCGCGGGGAUCCCCACUCCCUGCCUCCCCCAGCCCUCCCUGCAAGGACACCCCCUCGCCAAUCCUGCUGCUACCCAAACCUUGUUCUACAGUCAGCAGUAAAGGACACCUCAGGCCCUCCUCUUUCUACAGUGCAGAGAAGAAGCGCAACUCAGCCAAGAAUUUCUCUCCCUCUCUCCCUUCACUGACCCCCAUAUGUCGAACCCCUGCACCCAGUGCUCCCACUGGAAAAAGUGCAUUGGAGACAAGUCCAGUUCAGCUGCAGCUAACCUCAGCAGCUCAGUCUCCUUUGUCUCUGUCCACCCGGCCCCUUUUUACAUCUACACUCCUCAAUCCAUCCGUGCCCUCUCCUCCUCAGUCUCCAUUACCAGAAGACAUUGUCAAUCAUGGGAGCCAUUUUUACAGUAAAGUGUCUUCAGUAUCCUGGGUUUCACUGAGCCAGUCCUCAGUAAUCAGUAAUAGAGUUGGGGACAGCCCCACUGCUGCCCUGGCUGUGUCUCUGAAAAAAGAGAAAACUCCGUCUUCAGAACAAGACAUAAAGUCUGAUCAGCUUCUUAUCUCAGGACCCAGUCGCAAGCGCCACAUCUCCUCAUUCAGUGAUUCAGAGGAAGAUGAGAAGGAAGAGAGGAAGAAAUGCAAGAUGAGAGGGCAACGGUCCCCUCGGAUGAAACCAAGGAAGCUGUUCAAGUCCUCAACCAAACCUCAUGGUCAGGCCGAGAGCUGUGGAGAGCAAAGCAGUUUAGAAGAAGAGGAAAUCAAGGAAAGCAGGGCAAAGGACAGAAGUUUAAAAGUUAAAAAGAAAGGGAUAACAGGAGGAUAUCAGAAUAUCAAGAAUAAGACUUUAAAAGAUGCACCUCGUGCCACAGUUGUUAAGGUGUCUGCUGCGCGUGAGGUGAGUUGCGUGGCAUCUUCUUCCAACACAAUGAGCUCCAGUCACUGGGAGGCUGAAGUAGAGGAUGAGGACAUGGAUGCGGAUGAGGAUUUCAGGUUGCCAAAACUUGCUGUGAACCCGAAUAAUCUGUGCCAGCAAUUCAGCUCUGAGCUGAAAAAGAAGUUCCAGAACCGUUCUAAUAUGGUGGAAGUCUACAACAAGCAGACUUUGAAGACCAUGCAGCAACAUGUCUCCUCCCUCAACAAGCAGGUUAUGAAACACAGGACUCAGAGACUUGAACAGGUUCAGAAGGUCCUCCUCGAAGAGACUCGCAAACUGGAGCAGAAUGACGCUGUGCUGAAAAACAUGGAGAAGGACAUGACCAUGUUCUGGAAAAAGCAGAGCGUGGCUUUCCAUUCUUACCACGAGCAAGAAACCAUGAGCAAUGAGGCCCUGAAGAAAGCCCUCCAGAGCAACGUGUGUCACAGCCUGGAGUAUGAGGAGAGAAUAUUCAUAUCCCAGAUGUGCCUGAUAAGAAACGACAUGAAGUCAAUUCAGGACAGACUCCUCAGUCAGAUGCAAGAGGGAGAGAUCCAGAGUGUGAAGAGAAGCCUGCAUGCUUUGUUUUUCCCCUGACGGAGCAAAGAUUUGAGCUGAACAAAGUCCUGCCAAAGGUCUCAACACUAUAAACAAGGUUGUGUAUUUCAUGACAGCACGUGAUACACUGCGCUGUGUACUUGAGCUGUGCUGGUUUCAUUUCAAAGUGUUUGCCUGAUGUGUUGAUUUUCCCAGGCUCUGCUUUUAUUGUAUGUGGACAUGUUUGGUUUAUUUUGACUGGAUGUGUUGUUGCGAUAUGUUUUUUUGUUGUUCUGAUAUAUAUUUUUUUGAUGAAAUUUAUGAAUUCCAAUAUUUAAAGUGUUCUUUGAAAGUAAAUACAGGUAAUAAGCUUUUUGGCUAUUUUUAAUACAAAUUCCUGAUUUAUGUAUGUAGGUAAGUUAAGUGUUGAAAAAUGAAAAACUAAAUACUUGUGUUGAAAUCAUCAAUUGUUUUUAAAUAUCUCUUCAACGUGAUUCUUCACUGAAAAUAAAACAGUUCAAAAACGA